AUGGCGUCGCAGGACGAUGACCAUCACUCUUCUAAUGGCAACCCGCGCCCGGUGGUGCCCACCCAGCUCCUGCCCAAGAAGGCGGCGGCGCGCAGCGGCAGCGACCAGGUGCGACGCAACCGCAUGAACAUGGAGAAGAUGAUCAUGAAGAACGUGGCAGCUUCGCGCAACAGCACCAAGAACCGCGCGCAGCAGAUCCUCGAGUCAUUCAAGAAAAAGCGUCAGCAACAAGAGGACACGCCUGGGGUCAAAGUGGACGAGGUUGAGCGCUCCGCUAAGCGCCAGAAGACGUCACCCCCGCACGGAGACGCAGCAGCCAGGACAGCGGUCGCUGCAGGCAUCCUGUCUCCUGCUCGACGUGCUCCUACGGCGUCUGGACCGAACUUUACGAGCCCCGCACGACGUCACAAUCACCCGCUCAACUUGAAAAGCCCCGUACCACAGCAAGCGAGUCCAGCGCGGGCUAGAGGCGUGAACCCGCUACAUCUUUCGAGUCCUGUGCGACCACCGAGAAGCUCAGUAUUGGCCAGUCCGGCCAGACCGAAGCGCAGCGGGAACACGGCGAGUCCGCUCCGACGUAGCGAUUUUCUGACGAGUCCAUUGAGGCACCGAGCGUCAGCGUCGCCUAAGAGACCACUGAUGUUCGACGAUACCUCCACAGAUGCUGCUGCUACUUCGACGAGGAUCAAUGGACACCCGCCGCUACUAUCGUCCGCGUUGGACCAGGUGGAAGUUGCUCCUGCAGCCAAAGCUGCGAAGGCUGUGAGAGCAGCCAAGUCGCCGUUCCAGUCAUUCCAGGCAAAGUUUAGCAAGUCGCCCGCUAAACCUGCGAGAACGACGAGUAGUCCAGGCGCGGGGGGAGACUCGAUGCGAAUGAAAGUGCCUCGGAGUGGGCCCAUGAUGGUGGAUCUGGCUCACCCAGAUGACGCCCACGGUACUUCAGUUGCUGCAGAUACUUUGUCUGACUUUACUGCUCCAUCCACUACACAUAGUGCUGCUGUUAGUAGCGGUAACGGUCCACGUGCUGCGCAAAUAACUGCAGGGCCACCGACUUCUGCGUCUGAUCGGCCUUCGAGCUCACCCACACCGCCACCGAAGCCCGUACGCAAGUUGUUCCCGUCGUCUCGUCCUGUUGUUGCCCAGAGAUCGAUCUGUUUCUCGACGGAGAGCGUAGCUACGGCGCUGGAUGUGACUCCAGAUGGCGAGAUUGUUGUGGUUGGCUUCACGGAUGGCUCAGUACGGCUUUACGAAAUGGACAGCAGCGUCCCGAGUGACCGUCACGGAUACCUUCUGGGCCACCUUGACGAACAAUCUUCUCAGAGAUCGGAUAAUGUGCACAUGCGUGUGAAAAUCUCCCCCGAUGGUCGCUAUGUUUUUGCUGGUGAUCGACAACGUAGGCGCGUGGUCAUGAGUAUCAAUCUGGACCAUUAUCGAAACGAAAAAGAGGGCGAUGACGAAGAUUUCCAGCAAUUUCAAAAGCAUUUUCAUGGCAACUCUAAACUCCGGGGCUUUGCCGAUGUAACAACCUAUGUUCCACCCACGGACUCAUCAGUCAAGGAACAGCAAGAAAACACGCGCAAAAGAUCUGCGUACUACAUUCUGACAGGUCUUGGUGUUGGCAAUCUGAAUUUAUGGCGCUUCGUGGAGCAGUAUCAGCAGGAGCCCAUUUGGGAACACUUGCAGAAUUUCGGAGCUGGAGGCAACACUGCAGUGAUGGCGGCGUUUCUGCCGUCAAGUGAAUCCCCUGGUGUAUUAGCGAUCGCAGCGGUUUGUCGAGACAAAAAUCUUCGUGUGUGGCCCAUGGAAUACACUAGAACGAGCUCUGCUGAGGAAAGCAACGACGACUCUGCUACUGAAACAGAAGACACGAGUUUUCUUGGCGGAGUCCACUCUGUGAGCUCCCACUUCAACAUCCAGAACACAUCAGACAUCGUCGCUAUUCAUGGACAGUAUGGGUAUGGCAUUUCUCUCAUGGGCGAAGCGUACCGAAUCUGUUUCCCGGAUUCUUCAAUCCUGAACUCUUCGUGUGAGCGAUUGCCUCGCCAGGUAUUUGAACUGGAAAAACUUGGCGGCGGUGGCAUCAGCAAGUCGCGUCGAUCCAACGUCAUGCUCGAAUCUCUCGCUGCGAGUGAUGACGGAAAGACUGUCGUUGUCGUGUCUAGCGAGGGCAUCUUCUACUAUUCCAACAAGCUUCCUGAAGUGGGCUCAGAUGAAGAGGCUCAUCUUCGAAUUAUCGGCAAGAAUGCAUCGGAGAACACGCUGUUCAAGGCGCCCAUGAAGGUGUACACGCCGAGGAUUAAGACGAAGGACAGUACAGUAAAGUCGGAGGCCAUGAUGGCUGUGGUGACGAAUCCCAGUGACGAGGACAGUGAGGAAGAGGGUAGAUUUAUCAAUGUCGAUCCUACGGAGGCGUUUGCUGCACGCUGGAUGGUGCCAAGUCGAGGACAAGACUGCUGGGUGUGUGGAGUGCGUAACGCGAGCCAUUGGGUUGGUCCUCCUGAGUCUAAGGCCAAGGAACCUAGUCGGGCUCAGCUGGAAGCGCAGCAAAGGGAGAGGGCAAGGGCUCAGCGCCGUCAAGACCGGCUCACCAAGCGAGCAUUGACCGCCGCUUCUAGCCAGCAAACCAGUAGUAAUUCUCGUGACGCAGAGACUCCAGUCGCUGCAACACCCAAGACGACACCUCGUUCGAGUGCGAGAAAGGUUGCUAAGAGCAAAGAAAAUGCUCAAUUCAGUGCUGUUGUGGCGAGUAGCCCAGGAAUUGUCCAGGUAUCUGGCCAGAAACGCAGGAUGAGUCAGAACUCUGGCGCGGGUGAUGACGAAGACGAAGACUGCACGGGUAGCGACGAUAAUACUCCGUCUAUCGCGUCGCUGAUGAGUGAACUUGAGCAUUUCAAGAAGCGCAAUGCAGAGAUCAAGACGGAGUGGCAGCGACGAUUGCUAGGCGAGCGACAGCUCCGUCGGAAGUGGAAGCAGCGUGAGGAGGAGUUCCUAGAUCAAUUGAAUGACUCGCUCACCAAGUUGGAUACUGCUGAGGUGGAAGUGGAUCGACUCCGAGUUCUGCUGCGGGAUGCAGAGAAACGAUUCGCGUUCGAGAAAGCGCGUGUGGAGCAGGAGACCUCGGUGAAGGCGCGUUAUGAGCAAAUGUGCGAGCAGAUGAAUGACAAGAUGGCGCUGAUUGCCGACCAGAAGCGGUUGCUAGAGCAGACAACGCGCAGUCUGCUCACUGAAGUGGACCGUAACGUUCAUGCACUGAAGAAUGCUGUGAUUCUCGAGAAAACUGAGUGCGUGGUGUGCAAGGACCAACAAGCUGUGACUGCCAUCGUGCCUUGCGGUCAUCUAUGCUUCUGUGAACAGGACGCUGAGACGUAUCGCCGCAAUUGCACGACGCAAUACCCGACGUGCCCCAUUUGCCAGCAGGAAAUCAUUUCUCUACUGCGAAUUUAUACCUGA